ACUAAUACCACUGCUGAAUUGGUGCUUUAAGGAUUUGCCUUUUCUCAGUUUCUUUACUUGCCUAUCAGACAUUAUGAGGAGACUGGCUUUUCGUGGUGCUGGUUGUACUCUGAAGAAGUUGGAUUCCAUGGGCUCCAAGCGGCGAAGGGCUACCUCUCCUUCCAGCAGUGCCAGUGGGGGCGAUUUUGAUGAUGGUCAUCACUCCACAAAUACACCAGGGCCAAGCAGGAAGAGGAGACGACUCUCCAACCUCCCAACUGUUGAUCCUAUUGCUGUAUGCCAUGAAUUAUACAAUACAAUCAGAGAUUACAAAGAUGAACAAGGGAGACUUCUGUGUGAGCUUUUCAUUAGGGCCCCUAAGAGAAGAAAUCAACCAGAUUACUAUGAAGUAGUUUCUCAGCCUAUUGAUUUAAUGAAAAUCCAGCAGAAGCUGAAAAUGGAAGAAUAUGAUGAUGUGAAUGUGCUAACUGCUGACUUUCAGCUCCUAUUUAAUAAUGCAAAAUCCUAUUACAAGCCAGACUCUCCUGAAUUUAAGGCAGCUUGCAAACUGUGGGAUUUAUAUCUACGCACAAAAAAUGAGUUUGUUCAGAAGGGAGAUCAUGAUGAUGAGGACGAGGAUGAUGAGGGCCAUGACAAUCAAGGGACAAUUUCUGAAAUAUCUUCUCCAGGUUAUUUGAAAGAAAUUCUUGAGCAGCUUCUGGAAGCAGUUGUCGUAGCCACAAACCCAUCGGGCCACCUCAUUAGUGAGCUUUUUCAGAAGCUUCCCUCUAAAGUGCAAUAUCCAGACUAUUAUGCAAUAAUUAAAGAACCUAUAGAUCUGAAGACAAUUGCCCAGCGGAUACAGAAUGGCAGCUAUAAAAGCAUCAAUGCGAUGACCAAGGACAUAGAUUUGUUAGUAAAGAAUGCCAAAACUUACAAUGAACCUGGAUCUCAAGUGUUCAAGGAUGCAAAUGCAAUUAAAAAAAUAUACAAUAUGAAAAAGGCAGAAAUUGAACAUUCAGAACUUACCAAAUCAAGUCUCCGAGUCAGGACUUCAAAUUUGGCUGCUUCCAAGCUGACAGGUCCUUCCUCACAGGGUAAAGGCAGUGUUGUCGAUGAAAGAAAUUCUGCUAAUAAAUAUUACCGUAACAAAAGAGCUGUCCAGGGGGAUCGUUUAUCAGCAAUAACAAUGGCUUUGCAAUAUGGAUCUGAGAGUGAUGAAGAUGCAGUUCUGGCUGCUGCUCACCGUUAUGAGGAAGGGGAGUCUGAACCAGAGAGCAUUACUUCCUUCAUGGAUGCUUCCAAUCCUCUCUAUCAGCUUUACGAUACAGUUAGGAACUGCCGAAACAACCAGGGUCAACUCAUAGCAGAACCCUUCUUUCAUUUGCCCUCGAAAAAAAAGUACCCAGAUUAUUAUCAGCAAAUCAAAACACCCAUUUCAUUGCAGCAAAUCAGAACAAAACUGAAGAACCACGAAUACGAAACCCUUGACCAUUUGGAAAAUGAUUUAAACGUGAUGUUUGAAAAUGCCAAACGUUACAAUGUUCCCAAUUCAGCCAUUUAUAAGAGGGUGUUGAAACUGCAGCAGGUGAUGCAGGCAAAGAAGAAAGAUCUGGCAAGAAGAGAUGAAAUUGAGGACGGGGACAGUAUGAUCUCCUCUGCGACAUCUGAUGCUGGAAGUUCAAAAAGGAAAAGCAAAAAGAAUAUAAAGAAACAGCGAAUGAAAAUUUUAUACAAUGUCGUUCUGGAUGCACGAGAACCUGGAACUAACCGAAGACUCUGUGAACUGUUUAUGGUGAAACCUUCCAAAAAAGACUAUCCAGAUUAUUACAAAAUAAUUUUGGAACCAAUGGAUUUAAAGAUAAUUGAGCACAAUAUCCGCAGUGAUAAGUACUCUGGGGAAGAGGCUAUGAUAGAAGAUAUGAGAUUAAUGUUUCGGAAUGCAAGACAUUACAAUGAAGAAGGUUCACAGGUGUACAAUGAUGCCCAUAUUUUGGAGAAACUUCUUAAAGAAAAGCGGAAGGAGCUUGGGCCCCUACAGGAUGAUGAUGACGUUGCUUCACCUAAAUUGAAAUUAAGUAGAAAAACUGGAAUCUCCCCUAAAAAAUCAAAAUACAUGACUCCAAUGCAACAGAAACUUAAUGAAGUGUAUGAAGCAGUGAAGAAUUACACAGACAAGCGAGGUAGGCGGCUAAGUGCUAUUUUCUUACGACUGCCAUCUCGGUCAGAGCUUCCUGAUUACUAUCUGACCAUUAAAAAACCUGUUGAUAUGGAGAAGAUCAGGAGUCACAUGAUGGCCAAUAAAUACCAGGACAUUGAUGCCAUGGUUGAAGAUUUUGUAAUGAUGUUUAAUAAUGCCUGCACUUACAAUGAACCAGAAUCAUUGAUUUACAAAGAUGCUUUGGUGCUACAUAAAGUUUUGCUUGAAACAAGACGAGACAUAGAAGGUGAUGAAGAUUCUCAUGUCCCGAAUGUAACACUACUGAUCCAGGAGCUUAUACAUAAUCUUUUUGUUUCUGUAAUGAGUCAUCAAGAUGAUGAGGGCAGGUGCUAUAGUGAUUCUUUAGCAGAAAUUCCUGGAGUUGAUCCCAGCUUCCCAAACAAACCACCCCUGACUUUUGAUAUCAUACGCAAAAAUGUGGAAAAUAACCGCUACAGAAGAUUGGACUUGUUCCAAGAGCAUAUGUUUGAGGUGUUGGAACGAGCAAGGAGAAUGAACCGGACAGAUUCAGAGAUUUAUGAAGAUGCAGUAGAACUUCAACAGUUCUUUAUCAAAAUACGUGAUGAGCUCUGCAAGAAUGGUGAGAUCCUCCUAUCACCAGCCCUCAGCUAUACUACAAAACAUCUUCAUAAUGAUGUAGAGAAAGAGAAGAAGGAAAAACUCCCAAAGGAAAUGGAAGAGGACAAACUCAAAAGGGAAGAGGAGAAGAGAGAAGCUGAAAAGAGUGAAGAUUCUUCUGGUGGGUCAGGACUAUCUAGUUUACAUCGGACAUACAGCCAAGACUGCAGUUUUAAGAACAGCAUGUAUCAUGUUGGAGAUUAUGUAUAUGUUGAACCCGCAGAAGCCAAUCUGCUGCCUCAUAUUGUCUGUAUUGAACGACUGUGGGAAGAUUCAGCUGGAGAAAAAUGGUUAUAUGGCUGCUGGUUUUAUCGACCAAAUGAAACAUUCCACCUUGCUACCAGAAAGUUUUUGGAGAAGGAAGUGUUUAAAAGUGACUAUUAUAACAAAGUUCCUGUGAGCAAAAUUCUAGGCAAAUGUGUGGUCAUGUUCGUUAAGGAGUAUUUUAAGUUAUGCCCGGAAAAUUUCAGAGAUGAAGACGUCUAUGUUUGUGAAUCACGUUAUUCAGCAAAAACAAAGUCAUUUAAGAAGAUUAAAUUGUGGACCAUGCCAAUUAGUUCGGUACGAUUUGUUCCUCGAGAUGUGCCUUUGCCUGUGGUCCGUGUUGCAUCAGUGUUUGCUAAUCCAGACAAGGUUGAUGAAGAAAAACACAUUGAAACAUCUGAAGAAAGUAAAGUGGGAGAUAAUGUCCUUAGCCUUGAAAAGGAUAAAGAAGAUGUUCCAGUAGAAAUGUCAAAUGGGGAGCCUGGCUGUCACUACUAUGAACAGCUUUGUUACAAUGAUAUGUGGCUCAAGGUUGGGGAUUGUGUCUUCAUAAAAUCACAUGGUUUAGUUCGACCACGAGUUGGCAGGAUAGAAAAAAUGUGGGUAAGAGAUGGUGCUGCCUACUUCUUUGGUCCAAUCUUUAUACACCCAGAAGAAACAGAACAUGAACCAACUAAAAUGUUCUACAAGAAGGAAGUAUUUUUGAGUAACCUGGAAGAGACCUGUCCCAUGACAUGCAUUCUGGGAAAAUGUGCUGUAUUGUCUUUUAAAGACUUCCUCUCCUGUCGGCCAACUGAAAUUCCUGAAAAUGAUGUUCUGCUCUGUGAAAGCCGCUAUAAUGAAAGUGAUAAACAGAUGAAAAAAUUCAAGGGACAGAAAAGAUUUUCUCUCUCUGCAAAAGUUGUAGAUGAUGAAAUUUAUUACUUUAGGAAACCCAUAGUUCCUCAGAAGGAGCCAUCUCCACUUCUGGAAAAAAAGAUUCAGCAACUGGAAGCAAAAUUUGCUGAGCUAGAAGGAGGCGAUGGAGAGAUUGAAGAGAUUGGAGAAGAGGAAGGUGAAGUUACAGAAGCGCCAGCAAUGCCACAGAUUCCAACUCCACUAGCUAAUGAAUUGGAUAUAAUGCCAUAUACACCACCACAGUCCACUCCCAAAUCUGCCAAGGGCAGUGUAAAGAAAGAAGGCUCCAAAAGGAAGAUCAAUAUGAGUGGUUACAUACUAUUUAGUAGUGAGAUGAGAGCGGUUAUUAAAGCUCAGCACCCAGAUUAUUCCUUUGGAGAGCUCAGUAGACUUGUUGGAACUGAAUGGAGAAACUUGGAAGCGACCAAGAAAGCAGAGUAUGAAGAGCGGGCAGCUAAGGUUGCUGAGCAGCAGGAGAGAGAACGAGCAGCACAGCAACAGCAGCAGAAUUCCUCCCCCCGGGCAGGCACUCCUGUCGGGGCUCUUAUGGGGGUGGUGCCGCCACCAACACCAAUGGGAAUGCUCAACCCGCAGUUGACACCUGUUGCAGGCAUGAUAGGUGGCUAUCCACCAGUGCUGCCACCUUUACAGGGCCCAGUUGAUGGCAUUGUUAGCAUGGGUAGCAUGCCACCACUUCACCCUGGGGUGCCUCCACCCCAUCAGCUUCCACCAGGCAUACCAGCCAUCCCGCCACCGGGUGUUAUGGGUCAAAAUGUUUCCUCCAUGGUAGGAGCCCAAGCCCCAGGAAGUCCAUUUGGACAGCAGAUGGGCAUGCUUGGCCCACCAGGCCAACAAGCACCACCUCCUUAUCCUGGUCAGAAUCCAGCAACGCAGCAGGUCAUGCAGCAGCCGACAACGCCAAUGUUUGUCUCCCCUCCGCCAAAGACCCAAAGGCUUCUUCACUCAGAAGCUUAUCUCAAAUACAUUGAGGGUCUUAGUGCUGAUUCCAGUAGCAUUAGUAAGUGGGACCAAACCCUAUCAGCCCGAAGACGUGAUGUUCAUCUGUCAAAAGAACAAGAAAGUCGUCUUCCUACACACUGGUUGAAAAGCAAAGGGGCCCAUACCACAAUGGCAGACGCACUAUGGCGCCUUCGAGACUUGAUGUUGAGAGAUACUCUUAAUAUCCGUCAAGCAUACAACAUAGAAAAUGUUUAAUCUUCUUUCGAUACCAACAUAUAAACAUUUUGUGAACAAUAGCUGUUUUAGUUAUUGAUGGGAGAGGAUAAACUGUUUCUAUUGCAUCUUACUGUACAUUGCAAAAUUGGUUUUUUUUAUAUAAGGACACUUUUAAUAAGCAUAUUUCACUUUUUGUUAUUAUGUUGACGUUUCUUAAAUAUACAGACUUGUGUAUAUGGUU